CAGAAUUGCACAUCUGCGUUCUUCUGCUGAAAUCUGAAGUAUGGAUGAACUGCAGGAUGUCCAGCUGACAGAGAUAAAACCUCUUCUGACAGAUAAGAAUGCCGGUCGGAACUUUGAGGACUUUGACGGACAGGAACAUGAUAUUGAGACUGCUCAUGGCAUGUUGCAUGUCACUAUGCGUGGUGUCCAAAAAGGAAAUAGACCAGUGAUCCUGACGUACCAUGACAUUGGCCUGAACCACAAAUCUUGCUUCAACACGUUUUUUAACUAUGAAGACAUGCACGAAAUCACUCAGCAUUUUGCCGUCUGCCAUGUGGAUGCCCCUGGACAGCAGAUGGGAGCGCCUUCAUUUCCAUCUGGCUACCAGUAUCCGACCAUGGAUGAGCUGGCCGAGAUGAUAACUGCUGUCCUCACACACCUAAGCCUAAAGUCUGUCAUAGGAAUUGGGGUUGGAGCCGGUGCCUAUGUGUUGUCCAAAUUUGCACUUGACCACCCUGAACUGGUGGAGGGCCUUGUGCUCCUCAACAUCGACCCCUCUGCCAAGGGAUGGAUUGACUGGGCAGCUUCUAAGGUUUCUGGAUGGACAUCCAAUAUCGUGGACACUGUUUUGGCUCACCUUUUCGGCUAUGAUGAACUUCAGUCAAAUCUGGAUCUGAUUCAGACCUACAGAUUACAUAUUGCUCAAGACAUCAACCAAGAAAACCUUUGCCUUUUCGUAAAUUCCUAUAAUAGCCGCAAAGAUCUGGACAUAGAAAGACCGCUUCUUGCGGCCAAUAAUUCUGUGGGAACACUCCGGUGCCCUUCUCUGCUGGUGGUUGGUGAUAAUUCUCCUGCAGUUGAUGCUGCGGUGGAAUGUAACUCCAGAUUAGACCCAACAAGAACAACACUUCUUAAGAUGGCAGAUUGUGGGGGAUUACCUCAAGCUGUACAGCCUGGAAAGCUGGCAGAGGCCCUCAAAUACUUUGUACAAGGAAUGGGAUACAUUCCAUAUGUUCAGCUCAGUCAUCUGAGCAGUGAAUCAGUGCCGGCAGCAAGUAUGACCAGGCUGGUCCGUUCCCGCACUCACUCCGCCUCCAGCAGUGGCUCGACAGAAGUCCCCCGCAGCCGAUCUCAAACCGGCAAUGCCCAUCUCGAGACCACACCUGGCACGGCCGUGACAAAUGUCCAUGAAGCUCCACAGACACUGGAAUUAUCUUGCUAAAGCACUCCAGCACUCCUUUAUCAGCCGAACAAUGGACCCAUCCAGACCAGCAACUCUGGAAGGAAAAAAAAAAUCAAUUUCUUUCCAUUUCCAUCAUUUGAUCUUCAUGUAACUUUGCAUGGACUUUCUAAUAUCUAACCUAUUAGUCUUGAUACUUCUGGAAAAAACUAAUGGUUCUAUGUUUCUUUUCCUGUGUUUUUUAAGGGGAGUUCCAGUAGAAUUGGUUAUUUCCAAUGGCUUGACC